AUGUGUUUCUUCCAAGAAGCCUAUGAGGUCUCGAUUGGACAGGGCACAUUUAACGCGGUUACCGGAAAUCAGACAAUCAAUACCUACAAUCACUAUACUGUUGAACGGCAGGGGAAGAACCGUACGAUAUACGAUGAGUUCUCUGACAUCCAACGCGGACUUGUACGCAGAAUCAAGGAUCUUGAUCACAAAGAUACCUUCAUUUCCCGGAAUCCCAAGUUGAAAAUAUGA